AUGUCGACAGUUCUCUUAGCCGUUGUUGCAGUUAUAUUGUGCAUUCUUUUUCGAAUAUUAAAUGUUAAUAGCCAACCUCAUAAGCCUGUCAUAUACGGCAGGGACAGAAAUUUCAUUGAAAACAUAUUAUUCAUAGCACCUUUCCUAAGCGAACCCUACACACCAACCCGAUUGUGGGGUUUCAGUGGCCAUGUUCAGACAAUACUUCACAGUCUGAUUGGCCGCGUUAGAUGCCCUUGGCCGAUUGGCGGUAGGAUCUCUUUGAUUCUCCCUGACAGAUCUACGCUUACAUAUGAUCUUUAUGAACCAGUGGGAUCUGAACGUGAAGAUGACGUCACCGUGGCGAUAUGCCCCGGCAUCGGCAACACCUCGGAGAGCGUCUACAUACGCACCUACGUGCACUACUCGCAGUGCCACGGCUACAGGUGCGCUGUGCUGAACCACAUCGGCGCGCUGAACAGCGUACCCGUCACCGGCGCCCGGAUAUUCUCCUACGGUCACACUGAUGACUUCGCUUAUAUGGUAGAUAAUUUACUAGAGCGUUACCCAAACACAAAGUUGAUUCUAGUCGGAUUCAGUCUAGGAGGUAAUUUGAUUUCAAAGUACCUCGGCGAGGACAGGAAGAGACCUCAAAAUAUAAUAGGAGGCAUUUCAAUCUGCCAAGGCUACAAUGCUAUCGACACCAUGGUCCAUCUCCUACAAUGGCAAAACUUCCGUCGCUUCUACCUGUACAUAAUGACGGACAACUAUCGCAACAUCAUCACGAGGCACAAAAGGAUGCUCCUAAGCCCCGAAAUGAGAAGCAGAUACUCCUUGGACGAGAACAUGAUAGUGUCCGCGGGAACUUUGCCAGACUUAGAUGAAGCAUAUUCAAGAAGAGUGCAUGGUUUCGAGUCGGUGACAGACUUAUACAAAUGGAGUUCCUCCGCCUUCUACCUGGACAAUAUAAAGACGCCAAUGAUAUUUAUAAACGCGCGGGACGAUCCAAUCGUUCCUGAACAACUGCUGCCGGUAGCAAGGGAAUUCGUUAGUUCGCACGACAAGGCGAUGUACCUAGAGCUCGCCCACGGGGGCCACCUGGGCUUCUACGAGGGCGGGCUGGUGUACGCCAACCCGGUGACGUGGCUGGACCGCGCGCUGGUGGGCCUGGUGGGCGGGCUGCUGAUGGCGCACAACAAGUGCCCGCCCAAGGGCGAGGCGCUCCGGGACGACCGCCCCGCCGGCCACGACGAGCCGGACCUCAUCAAGUCCGCGACCAUCAUAUACCGCGACCCCCUCGACAAAACAAAGCCC